CUUUUUUUUUUUUUUUUUUUUUUUUUUUUUUUUUUUUUGAGUGUUUAUAUUAAGUGCUUUUAUUAAAUCAUUAAUUAAUUAAUUUAUUCAUUUUUUUUUUGUUACACGAUCAAUGCAUCAGCCAGACAUUUUUCUCCAAGUUCAAGUGAGAAGGCAGUCUGCAGGUAAUUAUAGGUAAAUGUUGACCGUUAAGUGAGUGAAGGAUAACAAAAUUUACGAAAAAAAAUAUCAAUAGAAACCCCAAAAAUCCAAUAGAUAGUAGAUAGAAAUUCCUUCAAUAUUAUUUAAUAAAAAUUCUAUAAAUUUUUCUUGAGCCGUGUACAGUACGAAUUAUACAAAUUCGACAACAUCUAAUUAAAACAUCAAUAUUUAAACUUUCAACCCCAAAGAGAAAUCAGGAAGAAAAAAUAUGUUCUUAUCAAUCUUGUAAUAAAAACAAAAUCAUUUAACAAUAAUAAUAAUAAGAAGUAGGGUAAAAUGAGUGUUGGAAAAGUUAAAUUAAUCCACAUUAAUUUCAUAUUUUCUUUUUGAAAUGGUUAUAUCGAUUUAAUAAUAAUUUUCUUAGGAAUUUUUGAGUUUUAUAUCAUUAAAAUUAAAUGAAAAAGAUAAAUUAUUGCUACAUAAAAUAAACAUUCUAUUUUUUUGUCUGCUAUAUCUAAGUGCAUUUUAUGAAAUUAAGCUAGUGUCGUUAUAUAAUAACCAAAAAUUGAUAACACACCAAUUUUAUACCACAAAGCGUGCUUCAUUAUGAAUUGUUCAAAACUAACUAGUUGAUUCAAAUCACUCAAAAUUUAUUAAAAAUAUUAUUCAGAAACUAAUUGUGUAUAAUAAAGUUAAUUAUACAAUUUUAGUUAUCAACACCGUGUAUCUAUUUCAAAUAAAUAUUUAAAUUAAAUUGAUUUUUUUAAUGAAUUAACAAAUUAUAAAUCCACUUAAAUAAUAAAUGCGAAGCAGAUUUCAUGUGGUAUUUCGGGACACUUUUUAGCACUUUCAAGUUUCAAACAGCUUAAUGACUUCUCAAAUAUUUUUUUUUCUUUGUUGAUACAAAUAUUUAUGUUCCUUAUGCUAUCCAGAAUAAGAUUCAUAUUGAAAAAUGUUCAAAAAUGCAUCAUUUUUUAUAUUAAUUAGCAAAAAGUGUAAAGAAGUAACAGUGGUAUAUUUCGGGACAGUUGGGUAUUUCGGAACAGACAAAAGUCGCUAUUAUGCAAAUAAAUUUCACCGAACCUGAUUAUUUACCUUUAAGUAGAAUUUCUAAACUUCACUCUUUCAUAAAAAUUUUGUUUAACUUUCACUUCUAAAGCGGCUUAAAUUGAAAAAAAAAAACUAAGCACUGUUUGUGUUGACAUUUGCAAAAUUUUUCUACACUGAAAGUCUUGUAAAAAGUGAAAUGGGACACUCACAAUUCACGCGUAUUUCACACUUUAAAUUAAAUAAAAUUUCAGAAGUUUUAUGUUUAUCUGAUACGUAAAGAGCUUAAUAUUUCAUAUAGAACUUAAAAAUAAUUAGAAACAAAUAUUUAUAGGAUUUUUGAUGUGUCCCAAAAUACCCAUAUUAUGUCCCGAAAAGCACCUUGUCCAGAAAUACCACAUGUUACCCUACAAGAAAAAUGUACAAUUUUAUUUCGAUAAAAUGUAUAAAUUUAUUAAGCAACAAUGCUUUCAAAAUACAAUUUCGUUUUGAUCAGAUACGGUGUAAUUUUCAGCGGCUACCGCCGUCUUAACGUUGGAGUCCAACCUCUGGAGCAAAACGGUGGGAAGGCUCUUUCUCAGGUCGUAUUCAUAUAUGCCAGUCUUGCAAGAACAUUUUAUUUAUUUAUUUUUAGAUAUAUUUCAAUUUUUGUAGUUUCUUCGACUAUGACUUUUUUCUAAAAUAUUUGAGACAUUUCUAAAGAAAUUAGAAAUCUGAGACACUUCUAAGUCAUUUUGGCUCAAUUUUAAGCAAUAUUGUGUAAAUUUAAAAGACAAAAUAUUAUUAAAAAUAUUUUUUUGGGAAUUUAGAACGUUCUGAACGCGUAAGACAAGACAAGUCCACAGAAAUAGCAGAAAAAUUCAUCAUUUUUUUGGUUUAAAAAAACAGCCUUCAAAUUAUUGAAAUAUUAAAAAAAAAUAGUACUUAAAUAAUUGUAUUACUCAUUUUAGUUUCAUUUUAGAAUAUUCAGAAAGUAAUAAGGAGGUAGAAAUACCUCUCAGCUCUGUUUCUUAUCAAAUUCCCAACUCUCAGUAAGAUCAUCCCAUCGAUCUCAGGACACAUCUGUUCAGUUUUACAUGAAAUUGUUUAAUUUUUUAAAUCCAACAUGAUCCUCUUAAGUCGCCUCCGAUUACUUUCUAGACCGACUUUUCGCGUCUUCAGCUCCUACCCAAGUCAAGCAGAUGCUCCUCUGUCCACUGGAUCUAGCAAAGGACUCGUGGUGGGACUGUAUGAGCAUCCAGAGAAGGAUUACUGCCUCACGGAAUGCGGUGAACAAGCCGAUAGUUUGCUAAAGGGACGCCUGAGGAGUGAAAUUGAGCGCUGUGGGAUGAGAGGAAAGAGUGGCGAGGUGAGGAUGAUCAAUGGGCUCCCUGGAGAUUUCUAUUCAGUGGCAAUUGUGGGUCUUGGACCUCAAGAUGCAUCAUUCAGUGUCCAAGAAUCCCUUGAUACUGGGCUGGAGAAUGUGAGAAUUGCUGCAGCUUUGGGGGCACUUCACCUGAGGGAUGACUACGUGUCGGAGAUCUCCCUGGACCCCAUGGGUCAUCCUGAGGAGGUGGCUGAAGGAGCAACUCUGGCACUUUGGGAAUAUCAGGACAAUCGCCGUUUGGAGGACAGAAUGAAAGCAGUUGCUCUUGAAUGUUACAACUGUCUGGAUGAGGAUGCCUGGACGAGAGGUCUGUUCAAGGCUGAAGCACAGAAUCUGGCUAGGAAACUUGCAGAGGCACCGGCAAAUCAAAUGACUCCGACUGUCUUUGCUCAGGUCGCCACAGACAGCCUCUGUCCAUGUGGAGUGACUCUGGACAUUCGGGGAGCUGAUUGGAUCACAGCUCAAAGGAUGACUGCCUUUAUGGCAGUGGCCAGGAGCUCAUGCGAACCCCCUGCCUUCCUCGAGAUAAACUACUACGGAAGCGACACAGGAGAACGUCCGAUCCUGUUGAUAGGGAGUGGAGUCACCUUCAACAGUGGAGGGUUAUGCCUGAAGCCAGCUAAGGACAUGGAAUUGGAGAGGGCAACAAUGAGUGGAGCUGCAGUGGUAGUCUCAGCUGUUAGAGCUGCAGCCGCUCUUUCCUUGCCCAUUAACAUCCGAGCAGUGAUUCCUCUGUGUGAGAAUAUGCCCUCGGGGAUGUCUUUCAAAGUUGGUGAUGUUUUUCGCUGCUCAAACGGGAAGUCCGUUGCUGUCCAUGAUACAUCCAAUGCCGAAAUUCUCAUCAUGGCAGAUACCUUCUCCUAUGCCACGCAGAUGUACAAACCUCGCCUGGUUGUUGAUGUGGCCACACUGACUACCCAAGGAGCUCUCCUGGGAAGUACAGCCUCAUGUGUCUUCACCAAUUCUAACGCCAUGUGGAAGGAAAUCCAGAAGGCAGGUGCCAUUACAGGAGAUCGUGUCUGGAGGUUCCCAUUAUGGAAAUGCUAUACUCAUCAGGUCACCAACUUCACCAACUUUGACCUUAGCAAUCGAGGCCACGGACAAGGGUACACUUGCCGCCAAGCUGCCUUCCUCAAGGAAUUUGUAGGCGAUACUGAGUGGAUUCAUAUGGAUAUUGGAGAGGCUGGUCUUAUUGCUCAGCACAACUUUGUCCCCUACUAUCGUCAAGGUAAAAUGACUGGACGUCCAACACGUGCCCUCAUACAAUUCCUCUAUCAACUUGCGUGCCCUGAACAAAUCACGGAUUUGAGAGAAUUGUAACAUUCUCCAUAAGACUCUCAGGUUUGAUUCACCAUUGAAUGUUAUAUAACUUAACCGGACAAUUGAGACACGUCUCGCCGAUAAUACUGUAAAUUAUUCAAUGUUCUUUUUUUUCAUAUUACAUGGAGAAACAAAA